ACGUGAACAGCCUCAGAAGCACAGACCGUGACAGCUACAAGGCCAAGGAGUUUCUCCUCCAAAAUCUGCGGCAAGAUGAUCAAAUUCCUCAAGCAAACAUUUCUGUCCCUGGAUCUGCAGUCCCCUCGGUGGAGCUCAGUUGAGACCAUGACAGAAGAUUAUGAGCUGCGUCAGUAUGAAACCGCMAAGUGGGUCAACACUGUCAUCAGGGGAGAGACCCAGAAGGAGGCAAUGCGCCAGGGCUUCUGGAAACUCUUCCACUAUAUCCAAGGGAAGAAUGAGAAAGCAUAUUACUUUCUUCUAGAAAUCAAGAUUGAUAUGGCUGUCCCAGUGACAUGCCUGGUAAAGCCUGGCUGUGCAGACUUCAAGAUCUCUUUCUUCUUGCCCUUUGARCAUCAGGACUCACCUCCACAGCCCAGUGACUCCGAAGUGUUUGUUGAAGAGCGAAAAGCUGCAACUAUCUUUGUGAGGUCUUUUGGUGGUUUUGCCUCACCAGAGAAAUUUGCAGAGGAAGCUGAAGUAUUGGCUAGAAGCCUGAGAAAUAGAGGCCAGUUAUUCCACGAAGACUUCUUCUACACAGCAGGCUACAACAGUCCUUUCAAACUCUUCAACAGGCACAAUGAAGUAUGGUAUUUUAAAAARUAAUACAGGGGAAAAUAGUAAGAAGCUACUAAUCAGUUCUUGAAAACAGGCCUCAUUAYCAGCUCUUGCUUUAGUGUAGAAGAGACUAAAUUUCCACAGAGAAGCUUUUUAUCUAGGACAGAUGUAUCUUUAAAAAAAAUCUCAGCCCUUUUUUACAAGGUAAACCUUGAAUUCAGGUAGUUCAUACCAGCUGGGUGRAAGUGACUUAUUUCCACUCCUUUUACCAAGAAAAUCUGGAAAAACCUCAUAUCUGAAAUUAUUAUUACAGGACAAUUUGAAUCUCUAAUUUAUUUCUCAUUAGAAGUGCUACACAUGUAUUGUCCAAGUGUUAUGCAGAGUGGACUCUUCAAAAUUGACUUUUCCCCACAUUGAGAAGCCAGAAGAGAAAGGUUAACAGUGCCCACACACUAUGCUUACUUUGUAUACAUCUACUGAAGGUGCACAACAGACCUCUUGCCUUUAUAGAACUUUCAGUUUGUUUUUAAAAUUCACAAGCAGUAUUACUUUACAGGUAUAAGAGCUAAACCUUAAGUGCUACUUCAUUACCAUCUUAUGUUACUUAGUAUUUAGUUUAUCCAAAAAUCUAUGCAUGAUUCGAGCCUACUCUAAUUCCAUCUUAAUGCUAGCAAUAACCAUAUGCCAAACAGCCUGCAAGUUAGACUAUGCAGAACUCCUGUUUCCUUCACUUACUCUAAAUCAUCUUUUGAAGCUUUCAUAAAACAGCCUGGAGCUUCAAGAGCAAAUCAAAAAGCAGUUCACAACRACAGAGUUUGCAAGAUUUUAUUGGUUCCCAUCAGUAUCAGGUAUUWCCACAAAGCAUUAGGUUUUUAAUGCUGUUCAUGGAGGGUAAAUCCCUUGUUCUGCAAUCUUCCCCCUAUUAAAACAGGUAAAGGAACUGUUACAGGGCACCAAAUUGACAAAAAGCUUGCUGGGAACAACUCAGACCUUAGAUUUUCAUCUCUGUUCAGAGAGAGAGUUCAAGCUAAGGUUGUAAUCAUCAUCUGUUCCAGCCAAGAGAUCUCAAUAUUACUGUGGUCAGGUAUACUCACUUUCUGCAUCUUCAUACAGUAGUUUCCAAGCUGCCUCCCAACCUAAAUCAAGGAAAAAAAAMUUCAAGCUUAACAUAUAUAGCAGCAUACUUGCAAAGAGCUUCUUUCAACAGUUCUGUAGCCUCAGAAGAGUGGAACGGAAAUAGGUGAUAUCACAGCAAUUCAUCUGGCAGAAUCAAAUUUCAUCAGUGGCUACAAAUAUUCCCCAAGUUCUUUAGGAAUAUAGUCAUGUGAUCUUACCUAAUGAAGCUGCAGACRGAAUAGUCCUUUCCUGAGGAAGAGAACUGUUUUAGAACAGCAAGAAUCAAUAUGCAAGUUUAAUUGUACUUAUGAAAUUGUAUUUACCAAACUACUACACUUCAGAAAUUACAUUUCAGUUUUACUUGAAGUGCAGCAAUGUUGCACUGUCAGUCCAUAACCCAGACACACAUAUUAGACAGGAGUGAUGUUUGUGUAUUCUGCUGAACUGUAUUACCAAUGUUGUACUCGCUGAAACAGCCUCAUCACCAACUCAGUUUCUUUAUUACUUCCCCUUGCUGAAAGCAUCAACCAAUAAUAAACCUUUAAGUCAUCAAGGCCACAUCUUCUGUUCACACUAGCAGUACUCUAUAUGAAGUUCACUAAUGCUUAUAAGGUCAGGGUCUGGAUCAAGUCACAUCUGCUCUGUAACAGCUCUUCCCAUCAACAUCUACUUCAAAUCUACAMAGAAGUUAAUUAUUACUCAGUGGCAUUAUGUUUAUCCCCACAGUAAGCACAACUGGAAGGCUGAGAACACACUCAAGGCAUACAAACCAGAUCCAUUCUACUGCUGUCUGCCAGCACUA